CAAAUUUUGAAAUAUCGAUUCAACACAAUUUUUGCUUCCAAACUGAAAACGGGUAACGUAUUAAACCAUGUUCAGUGUUAAGCAUAAUGAAUGUGUUGGUUUCGAAUCAAAAUGGAAGGUUGUCAAAGUAUCAACAGAGUCGUCCACACAAACAAGUGAAUUUGCUGUGGAGUCUAAAGGAUCAAACAUAGCUUUACAAAAUUCUAUUGAGGUACAAACAGAUGAACCAGUUGUAGAACAAAAAGAAGAGGUAGACAUGGAAAAACUCGCAAAUUGGCUUAAAUCUAUUUACCCAAAAGUUAAUAAAGAAAUAAACGACUCUAACAACUCCAAAGCGUUUCGAGGAUACAGAUUAAUGGAUGAAGCUAGAGAUUUUAGUUGUCAACUUUUGCAAGUUGUAAAUGGAGGCCACAAAACUGGAAAGGGCGAUUUAUCAGAAACGAUUUCGUCUAUGUGUUGGAACUCAACGGGCAAAAUUCUGGCGGUUGCCCACACUCAUCAACACAGACAUUGGUGCCAUCAUAUUGGCUCCGUGACUAUUUAUUCAUACAAAGAUAAAAAAUUGUUGGAUGGUCAGGCAAAGAAGUUGAACACUGAAAGUUGUGUUACAAGCAUAAAAUUUCAUGCAUCCUCUCCGUCUGUUUUAGCCGCUGGUACUUUCACAGGUGUGAUUUAUUUCUGGAAUCUUAACCAAGAACAAGACGAGCAGUUGCUUUGCACGGUUAACGCACACGAACAGAACGUCACGCAAUUGCUCUGGAAACCAGACAUCGAUAGUCCUAAAGAUUUUUUAUUGGCAUCGUCUAGUAUUGAUGGCCAACUUAAAUUGUGGUCCUUUGACUUAUCAACAUCCGAAGUGCUUCUUAAAAUUCGCUACAAAAUUAGAAUACCUCUCUUUGGUAAAAUCAAACGAGAGACUCCUGUUUCUGAUGAAGUUGCCAGAAAAACUUUUCGAGGAAUAGUCGCGUUUGAUUUUUCUAAACAUAUACUGGACAUGUUUCUAGUUGCACUUGAGGGGGGAGUAAUUGUUCAGUGCUCAAUGUCCGGUGCGACAGAGCUUAAAGGGAGUUCGGAAAGCGUUCCUUUAUUAGAUCCCGUAUUCAAAUACUAUGAUGCUCAUGAAGGAGAAAUAUUGUCUAUUGCAUUUUCUCCAAACCGUAAAGAAAUGUUUAUGACUCAUGGUACUGAUUCUGAUAUUCGUAUAUAUUUGCUGGAUCAGGACGAUCCGGCGCAAUUAAUUUACACUAAAGGUAUAAUGAAUCAAAUUAUGUGGAUUCCAUACGAGGAUAAAUUAAUUGCUGGAUGUGGACAUAAUGGAACUGUUGAAAUAUUUGAUGUGCAAAAAGGAAAAUUAAUUGACAACAUCAAAUCUGACAAAGUAUCAAAAAGUAUCCUCAUGAAAAUGGUCUUGAACAAUGAUAAUUCCAAUAUUGUCACGCUUGCAAGUGUCAAUGGGGAUAUACAAUUGUGGAACGUGCCUUGGAACAUGAUUUCAUUUAAAAACCAAUUGUAGAUAAACAUAUUUAUAUAUAUAAACAGUAAAUUUAUACAAUUUUUUUCAAUAAAAGCUACGUAACGUUUCUAA